CCGGAGUCACACAGGACUUUCCAGACACACGAGCAGAGUGGCCGGAAGGAGAUGUUGCCGGUGGCUGUAGCGGAGAGAACAGCCGGCCAGCCUUGGACGACUUGAAGGGUUUAUUAAGUGGGCUGCCAGUUGCCAUAGCAACAGGGAUAAAGACGGAAUGGCUCUCCUGAUGACACAGUUCACUCUGCUCCUCUGGAAGAACUUCACUCUCCGCAGGAGGCAAAAGGUGCGGCUGUUGGUGGAGAUCUUGUGGCCUCUGUUCCUCUUCAUCAUCUUGGUGGGUGUGCGUACCACGAACAAGCCGGUGUUCAAGAGCCAAUGUCACUACCCCAACAAGGCCAUGCCCUCGGCAGGGGUGCUGCCCUGGCUUCAAGGAAUCAUCUGCAACCUGGACAACCCCUGUCUCGAAUACCCCACGCCCGGAGAGGCCCCGGGCCAGGUCAACAACUUCAACAACUCUGUAGUUGCAGGUUUCUUAAUCGAGUUCCAGGACAUGCUGGUCAACAGGUCGUUCCUCAGCAACGUGGGAAUGCUGGUGAACGACCUCGACCAAUGGGACGCAGUCUCCUCCAACAUUAACGGUCAGUCGGUGCCUCUGAGGAGUCUCCUGAACGAUGACGAGAACUUCUCGGUUUAUCUGAGAGACGAACUCUCUGUGCCACCGCCAGUGGUCCAGAGUCUGAUGAAGGCCAACGUCACCAUCAACCCGAUGAUGGCCGUCGCAGGCGACCCGAGGAGCGUCCUCUGCGAGGGAACUGCUCCUCUCGACGAGUUCAUCCAAUUCCAGAGCCAGGCGGAGAAGGAGGCCUUUGUAAAUGUCAGCUGCUCCCUGGAACCCCAGCAGCUGAGGGAGGGCCAGCGCAUGUUCCUCCAAAACCUGGACCAGACGAAACUACUCACAAUGGUGGCUUCGACUGUGGAUGCGAGCCCGGCGCAGACCGCCCAGCUGAUGCAGAGCACCGUCAUGCAUGUGGGUCCUGUGGUGAGGGAGUUUGCUAGGCUGCAGCAGUCUGCUGCCUUCCAGGCGGCCCGCUCGCUGGACUUCAGGGCCAACAUGAUGGACAGCAUCAACCUGAUGCUGUGCGGGAAGACCGUGGACUUCAACUCCACCAACGCCACGCGCCCACGGAUGGACGCCAGGGAGACCACUGCCUCCGUAUGGAACAGCAGCACCAACUCCAGCGGUUUCUGCGAGACCCUGAUCACCACCCUGGAGGAGACCCCGGGCCUGCGCUACCUUUGGGGAGCACUACGCCCCCUGGUGCAGGGCAAGGUGCUGUACACUCCCGACACACCCGCCGCGCGCCUCCUCGUCACCCAGGCGAACGCGACGUUCAACGCCCUGGCCACGCUGAAGGAGCUGUCGGACUCCUGGGAGGAAGUGGGCCCUCGGAUAUGGACCUUCCUCAACAGCAGCUCCAUCGUCGAACGGCUCCGGGUGUCCCUGGAGAACCCGGUGUUCGCCGCCUUUCUGGACCAGCAGCUCAACGGCACCGGCCUGACCUCUGCGCUCAUCGCCGGCUUCCUGUACAACGGACCCCCGGAGGAGCGGCCGCCAGGGGGGCCGCAGUCCGACUGGCGCGACGUGUACCGAGCCGCGGGCCAGGCGGCGGCCAUGUUCUCCCAGCUGCUCGGGUGCCUGGACCUGAACAAGUUUGAGCCGGCCUCCACUGAGCAGCAGCUGGUGAGUCGAGCCCUGGAGCUGCUGGAGGAGGAGCGCUUCUGGGCUGGGGUGGUGUUUGAAAACCUCCCCCCCAACACCACCCAGCUGCCCGCCUACGUCAAGUACACCAUCCGCAUGGAUAUCGACGAGGUGGAGCGCACAGACGAAGUCAAGCGGAGGUCGUGGUCGCCGGGGGCAAAGGACAACAUCUUCAACGACCUGCGCUACAUCUGGGGCGGCUUCGCCUACCUGCAGGACAUGUUGGACUCAGGCGUCGCCCGCGCCCACGGCAGCACGCCGCUGGUCGGCGUGUACGCUCAGCAGAUGCCGUACCCCUGCUACGUCAACGACGGGUUCCUGCGCUCGCUGGCCAGCUCGCUGCCUCUGCUCAUGACUCUGGCCUGGAUCUUCUCGGUGGCCCUGAUCGUGAAGGGCAUCGUGCAGGAGAAGGAGGCGCGCCUCAAAGAGACCAUGCGCAUCAUGGGCCUUCGGACGUCCAUCCACUGGCUCACCUGGGCCUUCUCCAGCAUGCUGCCGCUAGCUGUUAGCGCCGCCUUGCUCGCCGUCCUCCUGAAGUACGGCAGCGUGCUGUACUACAGCGACCCGACGCUGGUGUUCGUGUUCCUGCUGGCGUUCUGCACGGCCACGGUCACACAGUGCUUCCUGAUCAGCGUCUUCUUCUCCAAGGCCAACCUGGCGGCGGCGUGCGCCGGCCUCGUCUACUUUGUGCUCUACCUGCCCUACGUGCUGUGCUACGCGUGGAAGGACAGCAUGCGCUUCGGCGCCAAGGUGGCCGUGAGCCUGCUGUCGUGCGUGGCCUUCGGCUACGGCUGCGAGAACCUCUCCAAGUACGAGGAGCAGGGCCUGGGCAUCCAGUGGUCCAACAUAGCGCAGAGUCCGGAAGAGGGGACGCGCUACAGCUUCCUGGUCUCCAUCCUCAUGAUGCUGCUGGACGCGCUGCUGUACUGGACGCUCACCUGCUACAUCGAGAACGUCUUCCCAGGCCAGUACGGGAUCCCCAAGCCGUGGUACUUCCUGGUCACCAGGUCUUAUUGGUGCGGGACCACCGCCGCGGCGAGCACCGUCCACCCGGACACGCUCAAGAACCCGGGGGUCCAAAACGGUUACCUUGAGAAGCCACCGCCCGACAUGAAGGCGGGGGUCUCCAUUCAGAACCUUGUGAAGAUCUACAAGACGGGGAAGAAGCUGGCGGUGGACGGCCUCAGCGUGGACUUCUACGAGAACCACAUCACGUCGUUCCUGGGUCACAACGGAGCGGGGAAGACCACCACCAUGUCCAUCCUGACCGGGCUGUUCCCGCCCACCUCAGGCACCGCCCUCAUCCACGGGCUGGACAUCCACACAGACAUGGACGCCAUCCGCAAGCACCUGGGCAUGUGCCCGCAACACAACGUCCUGUUCAACGACCUGACGGUGGAGGAGCAUGUCUACUUCUACGCCCGUCUGAAGGGACUGAGCCGGGCCGAGGUUGCCGCGGAGAUGGACCAGAUGAUCGCCGACGUGGGCCUUCCACACAAACGAAAGGACCUGUCCAAGAACCUGUCAGGAGGGAUGCAGAGGAAGCUGUCGGUGGCCAUCGCCUUCGUCGGGGGGUCCAAAAUAGUGAUCUUGGAUGAGCCGACAGCGGGGGUGGACCCCUACGCCCGCCGCGGGAUCUGGGAGCUGCUGCUCAAGUACAAGCAAGGCCGUACCAUCAUCCUGUCCACUCACCACAUGGAUGAGGCGGACAUCCUGGGCGACCGCAUCGCCAUCAUCUCCCACGGCAAGAUGCGCUGCUGCGGCUCCUCCAUGUUCCUGAAGAAGGUCUUCGGCCGCGGCUACUACCUGACCCUGGUGCGCGGCGGGAACCAGCACGCGACCGCGCAGCGCGGACAGCAGCCGCACGCCGCCGAGGAGAAAGAGGCCCGAUCGGGGAGCAGCAGUUCAGAUGAAGGCAUCGGGAGCCAGACCUGGAUCAACUCCGAUCCAUCAGACGUGGCGGCGGUGGGCGUCCUUGUGCGCCGGCACGUCCCCGGCGCCGUCUACCUGGAGAGCAUCGGCCAGGAGGUGACCUUCAUCCUGCCCUACGCGGGCGCCAAGGACGGCUCCUUCGCCACGCUCUUCAAGGACCUGGACCUGGAGAUGGGCACGCUCGGCCUCACCAGCUACGGCAUCUCAGACACCACCCUGGAGGAGAUUUUCCUGAAAGUGGCCGAGGACACUGGAGUAGAUGUGGAAACACAAGAAAAAGAUGAGCAGAACAAUUCAAACGGAAAUGGCGCCAUCCGAAGGGAUUCUGAAAAGGCCUCUGAUUUAAAGGGACACACCACUAAUAAAGUUGAAGAUCCAAAGAUGGCCGGCGUUCCGGACGGGAAGGGGUCGGCGGUGGUCGGGGGCUCGGAGCUCAUCCGGAGGCAGUUCCUGGCGCUGUUCGUCAAGCGCUUCCACCACGCGCGUCGCAGCCGCAAGGGACUCAUUGCGCAGGUGGUCAUGCCAGUGGUCUUUGUGUGCAUGUGCCUCAUUUUCUCCCUGAUCGCCCCCCCCUUCGCGGAGUACCCCAGGCUGGAGCUUCAGCCCUGGAUGUACGGACUUCAGACCACCUUCUUCAGUAACGACCAGCCGAAAAACUUGGCGGUCAAUCGGAUAGUGGAUUCACUUGUGAACAAUCCUGGUUUCGGGACUCGCUGCAUGCCUGGAAACCCAAUACCAAAUCUCCCGUGCGUCCCCCAGUCGUCCGAAUGGUUCACACCGCAAGUCGACCAAUCGGUGAUCGACAUCCUGGCCAACACCACCCUGGCUGACCCCUCCCCCUCGUGCCAGUGCAGCACCCCCCAGCGGACGGUCAUGCUGCCCGACUGCCCCCCCGGGGCUGGAGGAAUGCCCCCCCCAAGGAGGGUUCAGGACACGACAGAUACCCUGUUCAAUCUAACGGGGCGGAACGUGACAGAUUUCCUACUCAAGACCUAUGAGAACCAGGGAAAAACAAGAUACGGUGGGAUUUCAGUGGGAGAAUCCAACUCCCAGGCCAGUCUCACCGAGUCACAGAUCCAAUCUGCUUUUGCGGAACUCCGGACAAUAUUGAAGACGUCCCAGGACAAUGUGACUCGUCAGAUCGUCCAGAACCUCGAGACUCUGCUGACGGAGCUUGGGAGAAAGGAGAACGUGAAGGUGUGGUUCUACAACCAGGGUUGGCACGGGGUGGUGUCCUUCCUGGGCGUGGCCGACAACGCCAUCCUAAGGGGCGGGCUGAACGACAGCCUGGACCGGCAGAGCUUCGGCCUCUCGGUCUCCAGCCACCCGCUCAACCUCACCAAGGAGCAGCUGUCCUACGUCUUCCUGGCGGCGACCUCCACCAACCUGGUGGUGUCCAUCUGCGUCAUCUUCGCCAUGUCCUUCAUCCCGGCCAGCUUCGUCCUCUUCCUCAUCCAGGAGAGGGUGAACAAGGCCAAGCACCUGCAGUUCGUCAGCGGCGUCAACCCAGCCAUCUACUGGGUGGCCAACUUCGCCUGGGACAUGUGCAACUACGCAGUGCCGUGUGUCAUCGUGAUCCUCAUCUUCCUCUGCUUCCAACAAGAGGCCUACGUCUCGCCGCCCAACCUCCCCGCUCUGGUCCUUCUGCUCUUCAUGUACGGGUGGGCCAUCACCCCCAUGAUGUACCCCUUCACCUUCAUCUUCUCGGUGCCCAGCACGGCCUACGUGGUGCUGACCUGCAUCAACCUCUUCAUCGGCAUCAACGGCAGCGUGGCCACCUUCUUCAUGGAGCUCUUCGACGACGAGAGUGUGGCCCGCAUCAAUGACAUUGUGAAGCAAGUGCUAUUGAUCUUCCCCCAUUUCUGCCUGGGUCGUGGACUCAUCGACAUGGCCAAGAACGAGGCGAUGGCCAAUCUGUACAGCAGCUUUGGCGAAGACCGCUUUAAAGACCCCCUGGGCUGGGACAUGGUGGGGAGGAACCUGUGCGCCAUGGCCAUCCAGGGGGCUGUCAUGUUCAUCUUCACCCUGCUCAUCCAGUACAACUUCUUCUGCAAGCCCAGGGCGGCCGGGGGAAAGUCAUUAUCUCAGGAUCAGGAGGAGGACGAGGACGUGGCCCUGGAACGCCAGCGGGUCCUGCAGGGCCCGGCACAGCAGGAAGACCUGCUCCGGAUCAUAGAUCUCACCAAGGUGUACCCUGGGAAAAAGACCCCUGCUGUGGAUCGGGUCUGCGUGGGCAUACCUGCUGCAGAGUGCUUCGGCCUGCUGGGAAUCAACGGGGCGGGGAAGACCACCACCUUUAAGAUGCUGACGGGGGACAUCCCAGUCUCUGGAGGCGAGGCCUACCUAAACGGAUACAGCAUCCGGUCGGAGAUGAGCCUGGUGCACCAGAACAUGGGCUACUGCCCCCAGUUCGACGGCAUCGACGACCUGCUGACCGGCCGCGAGCACCUGCAGUUCUACGCCAGGCUGAGGGGGGUGCCGGAGAAGGAGGUUGCCAUGGUGGCCGAGUGGGGAAUCCAGAAGUUGGGGCUGGUGAAGUACUCCAACAAAUCAGCCGGCACCUACAGCGGGGGGAACAAACGCAAGCUGUCCACCGCCAUGGCUCUGAUUGGCUGCCCUCCCGUCAUCUUCCUGGAUGAGCCGACCACCGGAAUGGACCCGAAGGCUCGCCGGUUCCUGUGGGACUGCAUCCUCAGCAUCCUCAAAGACGGCCGCUCGGUGAUCCUCACAUCACACAGCAUGGAGGAAUGUGAAGCCCUGUGCACACGCAUGGCCAUCAUGGUGAACGGCCGCUUCAAGUGCCUCGGGAGCAUACAGCAUCUGAAAAGCAGGUUCGGCGACGGCUACACGGUGGUGGUGCGUGUGGGGGGCUCGCCACCCGCCCUGGCCCCCGUGGAGCACUUCAUCCAGGAGAGCUUCCCGGGCUGCGUGCUGAAGGAGAAGCACCACAACACGCUGCAGUACCAGCUGCCCUACCGCCAGGGGGCGCUGGCCGCCGUGUUCGGCCAGUUCACGCGGCGGCAGCAGCAGCUCGGCAUCGAGGACUACUCGGUGUCCCAGACCACGCUGGACCAGGUGAGGGCGGGGCCUGAGGGGGGCGGGGCCUGA